AUGCCCAAAAGUCAGAACUACCUUCAUAGGAUGAUCAUCCCUUUCCCGCCAAGUAUAAGCGUUGAUAGUUUGUUGGAAAGAUCUCGAAACAAUAGUUCCAAACCUGGAAAGGUACCAAACUGUUUCCUUAUUUAUAGACUGGUUUGGACGGAGCAACUAAAAUUAUUUGGAAUGAAAUUAGAUUUGUCAGAAAUUUCUAACUUUGUCGGACUUAGAUGGAAAAACGAAAGUAAAGAGGUUAAAGAUUUUUAUAGAAAAUUAUCAUCCGAGGCCAAAAAAAAAUUUCUUGCCAAUUCCAAAGCACGAUUUAUAUAUCAUGACAAAUGUGAUUUGAAUUACAUCGAACAACUCCAAGAUGAUGCUUCACCAAAUUCACAACAUUCGCCAGAAAGCGUUUCGCCUGGUGCGAGUUUUUCACACUUACCCCUGCCCAUGGAUAUUAACCAAUCUUUUCCCGAUCAUGAUCCCACAAUGGAUUACUUUGCAGGUUUAACCAAUGGGAUUUCAUUUGAAGCUGAACCUUCUUUGCAUCAAAGUUGCAGCCUCAAGGAGAGAAUCAAUGAAUUUCUGCGGUUAAUGUUCUCCAUCACUCCAGAAUCAUGUAGAAAAUUACAUGAUAUGGAAGGAAUAAUUACUACUGAAGAAUUGGAAAGAAUUAAAAUUGUUCUUGAACUUAAUAAAUCAAUGAUGUUUGAUCAAUUUAUAUCAAAAAGUUCAUCCAAAUGUACCUUGCUUAAUCACAUGUCUGCAAUUAAAGAGAAGAUGAUCGAACUGGAAUUCGCCACUUCAGAUGCAGAAAUGUUUGAGCCAACUCCGCAGGACUCGGUUUUCAUUAACGAUUAUACACAAUCCGUUGGUUUUCAUCAACAAUCGCCAAAUCCUCCCGAAUGCUAUGAUUUUGCGGUUGAAAAAACCAAAGAAUUAGAAGAAAAAGCAAAGCAAUAUGAAAGUAGAAUUGAGUACUUAGAAGAACGAUUUAGACACGUUCAAAAUAUUAUCAAAGUUUCAAAGGGUACAGACAUUCGUCCAACUUAUCCACCUCAAAUAACGAUUCAAGAGAUCAUUGAAUUCUUACCAUCGACAAAUCCUAGGCGGCCUUUUCAACCAAUAAACGGAUUUAAAGUAUAUCGCAUAGCAAUCAUUCGUCAAAUACGAACCAAUAACAAUGGUUUGACAAUCCCUGGAAGUUAUAUUUCAACAAAUUAUUCAAGGGAAUCGCCCGACGUUAAAAGAACUUAUCAAAGGUUAGCUAUAGAAGUGAAUAAUGAAUUUAGGCAAAUUCAUGCAUGA